AUGAAGCCCAUAACGAUCAGCGGCGUUGCCACACUCUUCUGUAUUUUAGUGCCUGUUACAGCGAUGUCAGGUCAAGCUGCCUCAGUCCUAGUACAAGUACCCAACCCAAAUAGUAACUUCAGCUUCUUGUGUCCAAAUGGGCGCGACUACGAUAAAAAUUAUCUCAUAAGAAUAAUUGAGAUGGGCAGACAAAUUAUGAGGAACUCUCGUAUACAGUCUUAUAAUCCUUCACAUUUCAAUGAUAUUCAGUACAACAUCAACGGAGAUCAGUGGUGUUAUCCACUCACAGAAGAGAAUGGCACAAAAGAUUUUGUUGUAUUCAACUCACAUGAUCAAAUAGCGGGCGUAGUCACCCGCACGGACCUUACUAGUGGCCGAGAAGACUAUAGGCCCUGUACAAUCUUAUGA